GGAAUAGGUGGAGCUUUUUCAAGGGGAGUCACUCUGAAAAUUAGGUUUUUGUGGAAAACACCCUUGCGGUUUUGUUCGCAGAAGAUACAAUUGACACAGCCGAUCUUUUCAGUUACCUAGGAUGACCAAGAGUUCUGAUGGCAGGAAGUAGAGUAGACAUCAAAGUGGUUCUUUUGGGGAAGGCAUACGCAGGGAAGACAAGUCUUGUCGAGCGCUACAUCCAUGACCGAUUCAGUGGCGAUGUGGUGCCAUACCAGAAUGUAAUGACAAUCGGGGCAGCUUUUGGUGCCAAGAAGAUGGACGUUGAUGGACAGGCCCUCGUAAUGGGAAUAUGGGACACAGCAGGAAGUGAAAGGUACGAGGCUAUGAGCAGAAUCUACUAUCGUGGUGCCAGAGCGGCCAUCUUGUGUUUUGACUUGACAGACAAAUCCAGCUUUGACCGUGCUCGAUUCUGGAUAGGCGAACUCAAGGCCCAUGAAGAGAGUUGCAAGAUCUACCUGUGUGGUACAAAGAAGGACUUGGUGACCAAUGACCCGGAGUUACGGCGGGUGAACGAGAGAGCAGCGAAAGCAUUGGCUGAUGAUUGCAUGUCUGAUAUAUACGAGACUUCCAGCAAGUCAGGAGAAAACAUCAAGGAGUUGUUUGUACAGAUAGCCAAAGAUUACCUGGCAUCCGUCAGACCAGAAACACCAGAGAAAGGAAAAGAUACCUUUGUAUUACGUGAACUCCGCAAGUCCACGUGUAUGUGUAAAGGCAGCUGACCUAUCCCAUGAUGCCUUGCUGCUGAUGUGAAGGAAGCUGUCAUACACCACAUUCAUCGUCAACGUAUCGUUGCCGUGGUGAUAGCAGCACUGACUUUGACAAGGGGACGAGGCAGAAGAGAGGACUUUCAAUUCUUGAUUAGUCUCCAUGGUGGACAAUUAUUUUACAGUUAAUCAAUAUCUGAUAUUGCCAAGUCUCUGUGUUGCUUGCUUGAAGCCAACCUUCAUGAUAUGAAUGGUGCAAUUGUACCUUUAUUAUCUCAGUUUUGAGAAAAGAGGAUUUUUUAAAAGAUUGUUUUGUGGUGUUUGUGUGGCAGUGAAUUGUUAGGGCACAGCACAUGUAUGGUCUUGUGCUCAGUUGGGUUGGUGUCUGCCUGUCUAUCCGCAUGUAGGGUGGUCUGGUGGGUCAAGUUCUUGUCGCUCUAAAUGCUCGAGUUCAAAUACACACGAGAAGGAGUGAAGUGUUGGUUUGUAAUAUUCAUGGAAAAAAACUUGUGAAAUUAAAUAAAUACAAACACACAAAAAACACUUUUGAGUAGCUUUUGAAAAAAAUAUUCAGACAGUUGCCCAAGUUUGAUAUUUUUGUUAAUAAGGCAAACCAAUACAAUUUCUUGUUUGACAUAAUAAAAAAAAUAUAUUGUCAAGGUUGAUUUGAAAAUGCACUUAAAUAAACAAAAGGGUUUUAUCAGCUUUUUUUCAGUCCAUCACAGGAUAUAAUUACUUUCUCUUUUCACUUUGUAAAAUUCAGCACUGGCCCUUGGUAAAACAGAAAACAAAUGUCUCUAAAGAUAGAUUAAGACUUUUCUUUUGACCUUUACUCGAUCUGUAAAAUCAUUUCAUGUUGAAUAAACUGACAGCAUUAUCUUACAUUGUUUCAGCAACCCAUGCUUGACGUAAGAGGUAACUAACAGGAUCGGUUGGUCAGACUCUUUGACUUACUUAAUGGCAUGUCAUCAUAUCCCCUCUAUACUCAUGAUGUCAAUCACUGGAUUGUCUGGUUCAGACUCAAUUAUUUACAGACCAUAGUCAUAUAGCUUGAAUAUUGCUGAGUGAGCUGAUAAACAACAAACAAACUGAUAUUAUGAUGCAUGUUGGCUAUAUUAUAUACAGAUUAUAGUUAUUUUCUUAUUGUAUUAGUAGAUGUUUUAAUGUCGUAAAAUAACUUUUGAAAGAAUCUUGUUUCCAAUACAACAUUGCUGUUUCAUGUUUGCUUAUAACAAGUUUGUUAUGGUUAUUUGUUUUGUAUAUAGUAAUUGAUGAUAAUUUCUAUGAAGAAUACAUUUUAGAUUACUUGUUUAUGUUAGACAGUAAACGUCAAAAUAUUUUUUCUCAGUUUUAUCACUCUGUUAGUCCAUGUUUUGACAGUAACCCUUUUGUGAUGUAUUCUGAUUUUCUGAUGUGUGUGUUGAUUGGUCACUUGUACAGAAGUACCAGACAAUGUGAUUGGUGGAAUGUUUGAAUGUGUUGCAAGUCACUUCCUGUUUUCCAAAAUAAACAUACAGGGUUUUCUUAUACCUCAAAUAUGUAACAAA